AUGUCUAUUCCCAAAGAAGUAGCUGCCGAAGCAGCUGAACAACAUGAUAAGGUUACUUUUAAAGUGUCACUGGACGAUUCGGGUCGGCAGCUGGAUUUAGUAUAUAGAAAAGGUCAAAAUCCUGUUGAUGCGGCGAAACAUUUUCUGGCGGUAAGUUGGUAUUUAAAAUUGUCGGUUUAGUAAUUUUGCUUUUAUUUUUUAAUUUAUUAAUGUUUUUUUAUUUUAUAAUUACGUAUUUUAGCAAAAUAAUCUUUCUAUUUCUUACUUGAAUGGAAUUGUCGACCAAAUCAAGACCCAUAACCCGGAAACAAAGAAUUUUGAGCAGUAUAAGUCAGCCAAGCCGGUGGUUUUAAAGCCAGUAGUAAGUGUAAGAUGUGUUUAACAAUUAGUAGUGUUUUUAAUGAAGAGUAUAAUUUUUAUUAAAAGCAAUAUAUUUUUUUAGAAGGCAAUAUAUUUUUUUAGAAGACUACGAGUUCGAAAUUUCAACCUCAGAGAACACCACAUUCUUCCUCAGCUAUAACGUAGGUGAAGACCCGAACAUGGCUGCUCAGAGGUGUUGUGAACAAAACAAGCUUCCUGUCGCAUUUAUUCCGCGAUUAGUACGACAAAUACAAACGAACGCCCGAUCUCAAGGGUCUUCAAGGAAGCGCUUACGCUGAUCCAUCUACUGGAGGCGUCCGUUAUGUUCCAGGACAAACGGCUUCUUCUAGUGAAGACUACGGCGACCCAUUCACAUCGGGUGGACGGUACAUUCCGGGUCAAAGCGCUUCGAACACUAGUGUUGGUAAGAUUUUCUUCAAUCUUACGAUUUUAUAAAUUUUUUUAGAUGUUUAAAAAUUUUGAUAUAAUCUAUGAGUAGUAUUUAAAAAUUGUCAUUUUCAGGUGGUGGAGACCCAUACACUUCAGGCGGAAGAUAUAUUUCUAAUCAAGACACAACUGAUCUUGUACUAAUUGCAUCAUUACUUGAACUUAUGAACAGGAUCGUUAAUGAGUUAAUGUAUCAAAAUGAAGAAAUGAAGAAGAAGAUCUUUCUAAAUGAAGAGAGGCGGCAACAAAGAAAAAAGGACGUAAGUUUUUACCAUGGACGUUUUAGACAUUUUAACUUAUUUUGUUUUAGUAACAAGGGUAGCUUAAAGUUUUAGUCAAAUUGAAAUAGAAUAUAAUGUUUUAGUGUGGAUUACUGUAGAUUAACUAUAACUGUAACAUGUUUUAAGCCAAUUUUUCUAAUAUUUAUUUAAAAAUUCUGGGCAGUUCUAGAACUUUCUGUCGAUAACCUAUAGAAAGAGAUGUCCAAGGACUGAAAAAGUUGAAUUCAAAGCUGCCGUAGGGAUGGCAACAGGUUGUUGAUAAAAAUGGUACAUAUAUCUUUGUUAAUUAGGUGCUGUUGCUUUUUUUAAAUAUUAAGUUUUAGUAAAACAAAAGGUGGCUUAAAUCUUUUGCAGGCACCUAAUAUAUAAAAAAAAUUAAUACCCUACUCCUAGUGCUAGGGUUAGUGAAAUCUCGGGGAAUGCGUUUUCGGGGAGUACAUUUUCGGGGAGGAAGUUUCGGGGAAUGGUAUUUUCGGGGAAUUUAAUUUUGGGCAAUUUGUUUUUGGGGAAUAAUAUUUUCGGGGAGUGAACUUUGGGGGGAAAAUUUUUUUUUAAAUUUAUUUUGAUAUAAAUUUCUAAAAAGUUGAUACUGUAAGUUGUGAAUGACUAAAAAUAAUUUGGUUAUAUUAACUAUAUUAUUAAUAUAUAAUGUAUAACUAAUCUCAAACCAAAUAAUGUAGUAUAACUUGUGGUAGACUGAAUCACAACCUGGCUAAAUCACGUUGACUGAAUCACAUACUGACCGAAUCACAUGUGCCUUUAUGUAUUGUGAACGUUGACAUCGUACCGUGAACGUUCCUAUGACACAUUUUUGUAUACUUAUAAUGUAAGGUCGCAUGAUAAAUAGAAUACCAUGAACGUUAUUGUACCGUGCCGUGAACGUUCUAAUCUUACUGUUUUUUUAAUGAUUUAGCAAAAUAUCAGACAGUAAAUGUAAGAUAUCGUUACCAUGGUACUUCAAACAGAAACAUUAGAACGUUCACAGCACGGUACGAUAACGUUCAUGGUAUUCUACUUAUCAUGCAACCUUACAUUAAAUAAAUAGAAAAAUGUGUCAUAGGAACGUUCACGGUACGAUGUUCACAAUACUUAAAGGCACAUAUGAUUAGAUUAGUUAUACAUUAUAUAUUAAUAAUAUAGUUAAUAUAACCACAACUAUCAGUAUCAACUUUUUAGGAAUUUAUAUCAAAAUAAAUCUAAAGAAAAAUUUUCCCCGAAAAGUUCACUCCCCGAAAAUAUUAUUCCCCGAAAACAUAUUCCCCGAACUUACAUUCCCCGAAAAUACCAUUCCCCGAAACUUCCUCCCCGAAAAUGUACUCCCCUGAAACGCAUUCCCCGAGAUUUCCCUUUCCCCUAGUGCUACCUCUGAUCCUAUUUCUACCUCUACCUUUUACCGUGUUCUUUAUUAUAGCUUUUGCUACAGUUUUCAGUCAAGGCUACGGUAGACUACAGCGACAACUAUAGUAAAAACUACUAAAGGUAGAGGUAGGGAUAGGAUUAGAGGUAAUACUGGGAGUAGGAUAACAUAGGGUAGGGUAGAAGUAUGAUAAGACUAGGGGUAAGGCAGGUUAGGUUAGGACGGGUCAGGGUGGGAUUAGGAUAGAGUAGGGCUACCAAUAGGCUAGGGGGACCUAUUCUCCGGGAAACCAAUGCUUCCGAGGGGAUCUUCGUUCGUAACGGGUUUAACGGUUCUAAUUGUACUAAACUUGAAAGUGCGGCCACAAUAGUGAAGAAGGCUUAUAAACGUAGACUACGUAAAUAUAUUAUAACUUAUAUUAAAGGUGAACUUUUAUUAUAAUUUCUGCCAAAUAUUUGAAAGCACUAAAUUUAUAGGUACGAAUACAAAGGCGUGUCCUUUUUUGCGUGUCUACCUUUGUUGGAUUUGUCAUUACUCGGCUUGGAAUUUGGAAAUUUAUUUGGAAAUCAUUUGGAUUUUGA